ACAACCUGUGUCACGGAGAAUUUUGGACGAACAAUGUAGGAACUGAUAACGAAACAGAAACUGCCGAAAACGAAGGUCGCCGUAUAACAGAUUAUGAAGUCAGCUGGCAGCAUGCCAUGAAAAGGGGCAUAAUGACAAGAGAAGGAGUUCUUCCUGAUAGACAUGGCGGUGGCCCACAUGGCCUCGGUGAUCCUAAUGACCGUUCAUUGCGAAAAGUCGAAAUCGAAGUGAUGAUCCCAAAGAAAAUGCGAGACAUCGCCAAGACAGAAAAAUGCCCUGAAGAAGUCCUGCAAUUCUCACAGUGCUGCAGUAAAAACUCGCUGUUGAUGGUGCUUUCCUGUCGCAAUGAAAACAGCGCACUCAAGGAUUGCCUAGCAAAGUGGUAUCAGAAUGAAGAGUUUAAAACCAGAUGCACCAAUGAGUACCUUGCAGAAAGAAGUGAAUACAGAAGAACUGGCAUCAAACAGAAGCAAAAAGGCAGGUUGCCAGUAUCAAUGUAAAGUAAAUCACAUCUUAUUUAUUAA